AUGUCGCGCGGUUCCGAACCUUUCCCGCCGCUUCCCACGGCCGCAGAACAUCAAUCGCGAUCGGGGGCCGACGCACACGCGCCCCGCCGGCGCAGGAAGUCCACUGCACUGGGAAGCGAGUUGCGGGUCGGCGAUACUGGUGCGCCCGCCCUCGCCACAAGCUUUGCCCAUCUCAAUGGCACAGUAAAGCAGGAGCCGACAACCCCCGGGACACCCUCGAAGCGUUCCUCGAAGCGUCGCAAAGCCCGCUCCGCUCUGCGGCAUAUCAGGCAUAUUGCCGUCAAGCACACCUGGGUGGUGCCAUUGGCCAUCCUUUCUGUGUUCCUGUCCCUGUAUGCCAUCAACCCGACCGAGAGCAACCCGGUUCACCACUUCAUCUUCCUCUCGUACAAACUUCCCGUAUCGAGCCCGGAUGAGCUGCCCCAGUAUGGCAAGGGUAUCUGGGAUGUCGCCCUCGUGGCCUUCUACACCGUCGUGCUGUUGUUUGCGCGCGAGUUUAUCAUGCAGGAGUUCUUGCGGCCGCUGGCGCGCUGUGUCGGGCUCAAGUCACAAGCCAAGCAGGCUCGCUACAUGGAGCAGAUAUACACGGCGAUUUACCUUAGUGUUGUAAUCCCCGCCGGCCUGUAUGUCAUGAGCCGCACCCCCAUGUGGUACUUCAACACGCGCGGCAUGUACGAGAACUUUCCUCACAAGACACAUGACGCGCUCUUCAAGUUCUACUACCUCUUCCAGGCUGCCUACUGGGCCCAGCAGUCCGUGGUUCUAGUGCUCGGCAUGGAAAAGCCGCGCAAGGAUUUUAAAGAGCUCUGCUGCCACCACGUCGUCAGCUUGGCCCUCAUCGGCUUGAGCUACCGUUUCCACUUUACAUAUAUGGGCCUGCCCGUUUAUAUCACUCACGAUAUUAGCGACUUCUUUCUAGCCACCUCUAAAGCUCUCAAUUACGUCGACCACGCGCUCAUGGGUCCCUACUACUUCACCUUUAUGUGUGUGUGGAUCUAUACUCGGCACUACCUCAAUCUGCGCAUCAUCUACAGCCUUUUCACCGAGUUCAAGACGGUCGGUCCCUACGAGCUCAAUUGGGAAACCGAGCAGUACAAAUGCGACAUCUCCUUCGUCAUCACUUUGAUCCUGCUCAGCUCACUGCAGGCUCUCAACCUCUUUUGGCUCUUUUUCGUCUUACGGAUCGCCUACCGCUUUGUCGUGCACAAUGUCGCAAAGGACGACCGAAGUGAUGCCGAAGAAUCCGAGCUUGAAGACGACACGGCCAAUGGCAAGCCCAAAGUCGCCGCUGUCGCUGUCGCCAACGGCUCUGCCAAGAAGAGCUCGCGGUGA